UGAUCGCUUAUUCGGUUGUCGGGUGCGGCAUGCGCUGCUACAAGUGAGCAUAGUUGGUGGAAGAAUAGCGACAAUUUUUACAGUAGCUGAAAUGUUUUGCACAUAAAAGUAUCAGCAAUAAAUUUGUUUAGAUUAUCCUUUUGAGCAGUCAUAGAAAACGAUAGUUAAACGGUAGUAAAAAUGCGUGAGUACAAGAUUGUUGUAUUAGGAUCGGGGGGUGUAGGUAAAUCAGCUUUAACAGUACAGUUCGUACAAGGAAUAUUCGUAGAAAAAUAUGAUCCAACAAUAGAGGAUAGUUAUAGGAAACAAGUGGAGGUAGAUGGACAACAAUGUAUGCUGGAAAUACUGGAUACAGCUGGAACUGAACAAUUUACUGCAAUGAGAGAUUUAUACAUGAAAAAUGGCCAAGGAUUUGUUUUGGUUUAUUCUAUAACUGCACAGUCUACAUUUAAUGAUCUCCAGGAUUUACGAGAGCAAAUUCUACGAGUAAAGGACACUGAUGAUGUUCCGAUGGUAUUAGUGGGUAAUAAGUGUGAUUUGGAAGAUGAAAGAGUUGUUGGCAAAGAACAAGGGAUGAGUCUAUCCCGUCAGUUUAGCUGUGUUUUUAUGGAAACGUCUGCCAAAUCAAAAAUACAUGUUUAUGAUAUAUUUUAUGAUCUAGUUCGACAAGUCAAUAAGAAAUCUCCAGUGAAGAUGAUAAAGAAAUCCAAACCCAAAUGUGUACUUCUAUAAUUUUAGAAAAUCUCUUGGAACCAAAAAGUACAUUAAAGAUUCAAAGACUAUUAUAUAUAUGUAGAGUGUAAAAGAGGCAAGUGUGGACUUAAAGUCUCUUGCAGUGAAGUUUUUUAAAACUCUGUAUAUCAUUCUUUUUAACACUAAUUUAAAUAUUUGUAAUAAAGUUGUCGGUUAAUUUUUCCACAAUCAGGUUGUUAUUACAUGGUUAUCUAGAUGCAAUCUUAGUGAUAGAGUAUUUUGAAAUACUGCCAAUAUGUGGUGUCAAAUAGAGAUAGAGAUUUUGUGAAUUAGUAGUAUUUGCUACUUCUGAUUCAAGACUAUCCACAGGACAAUACUUCACUAAAACAAAAUUUUAACUGACAUCUGUAAGUCCCAUGUCCAACAAUAUUAACCCAUUAACGCCGAGAAAAAAUUUUGUUGCCAACAAAAUUUAAACAACCGUUAAGUGUAACAGUCUUUUGUACAAAACGCAACAAGAAAAUUGUUUGCAAAUAAAAUAAUAAAUGAGAAAAAAACUGUUCCCAUAUGGGACCACUAGGCGCGAAUCCGAUAACUGUUUGUUAAGAGUUAAUUGGUAUGAAAAUUGCGAAAACAGUCAAUGCAAAUGCCAACAUCAAAAUUGCUUGGUCUCCCCCGGCUUAAAAAUCGAAUCCGUGCGCAUCUUCUUUUGUUUUCUGGUACAGAAACCACAAAAUGAUUUAAUCCGUCGUAGGUAUCGAAUAUUUCUAAUACGAGAAUCACUUCUUGCAGCUGCGGACACUCUUCCUGGUGCUUUCGGUGAGUUUUUAUAUCUUAUUAUAUUCGUUUGGAUAAUAGCCCCUGUCCAUUCCAAUUGGCUAAUAUUACGACCAGAUUUUCUAUACAAAUAUGUAUUUUGAAUAUUUGCGUCCACUAGGUAUGAUAAGGUACAUUCCUAUCAAUCAAAUCAGUGCCACCCAUAUUAUUGUUGAAACAGUAUUUUUGGCCUCGGAAUAACAAUGUUUUUUGUCCUGUUUUUUUUGUCCUAAAAAUCUUUUUAAAAGGUCUAGUUGGUGUAAUCCAAAAUGUUCUGUAGGGCUUGAACCAGCAUACUUUGAGGAAUCACACACUGAUAAAUGUAAAAACUGUAGUAACCAAAUCUCCUUCUUCGCAAAAAUCUGUAUUUUGCGGCCGCGUGAACAUAAAUUAGAUCUCCAUCAGUUGAAGUUGGCGGAGAUGGAAUUACUCUGCUAGUAUGGGGUGGAUUUUACGUGGUUUCUUCUAUGAUCGUGACUUCAGCAGUGCCUCCGAUUCUAGUGUCCAAAAAUACAAUUUCCGCGUCUAAAGGUAUCUGGUUGCGAUUUAGAUUAUAUAUAAAACCCGCGUCAUCAGUCGAAUCUUCGUAUGUCAAAAUGUUACUAUCUGAAAAUUCUAUGUAAACGGCAGAAACAUCGUUAUAACUUUCGUUUUCCUUGAAAGCUAUAUCGAGAUCUUCUUUCAAAGAAAUUCCUCUAAAAAUAAUAAGAUUUAAAAAAAAUAGUGAAAACGACAUAUCCAGCAAACCGCCUAGUGGUUCCAUUUGGGAACAUACAUAUUUUUGGCGUAAUUACGAAAAACCCAAAUGAUGAAAUAUUAUAAAAACUUACACAAUUUAUUUAUUGACUUUUGUAGAAAAUCUUUUGAAAACAAAAACGAGGAUCAUAGUGCAAACAGUAAUAAAUAAAACACACAAAACGAAUGUCCAUAUUUUGGCACAAACAACACCAAUUGUAAAUUCACAAAGUUACUACCAAUAAGAGACUUGAACUGCAAAUAGGCCGAAUCUCUGCGAAAUUUAACUAACAAUAUGGUAAAUAGACUCCGAUGGGUACGCAAUUUGUUGGCUCCAUAUGGUGCCCGUAGGCGUUAAUGGGUUAACAUGAACUGCAACUUCUUAUUCCGUUGGAAUUUCUCACUUUAACCAACGCCCAUUUGCCCCAUAAAACUUUUCUUUGAUCAAUUUGAACAUUAACUUGUGGUGAGAUGUGAUAAUAAUCCUAUGGUGCUUUUCUAGUAGGUAGUGAUGUCCUUGGCGAGAUCAAAUAUUCUAUUCUCAAAAGGGUGCACCCUUACGAAUCACCAAAUUUUAUUUUACAAAUUAAAACAAAUCACCGAAGCAUUACACAGGCGGACAUAGAUACGUCAACCAAUUAGUACCCAUUUAUAAGAAAGUUGUGAUUGUUUGCACAUUUGCAAGAACGUUUAUUCCAAAUCAGUAAACACUUCCAUUGUGUGAAAUACUAUAGAAAUUUCAACUCACAAGUUUACUUAUAAAUCUUACAAUUUUUAGCGGGUGUGAUAGCUCAGGCGGUAGGAUGUCUGACUUCCACGCAGGCCGGAAUCGAAUCCCAGCGCCGGCGAUAACAUCUAGACAUGAAUAAAAUGAGUACCUUAGGUAUAACCAGGCGGUUGAAGCGUGGCUCUAGCCCUGUUACUUUCCUUGUAUACCGUAGGCCCUAGAGAUAGUAGACUAUCCUGCUACAAUUCAAAAGCCGCGUCAGCGGUAUAAAACUAUUAUUAUUACAAUUUUUAAAUCUUAAAGUAUCAUUUAUUUCAUUCCUUCUAGAGAAUCUUCUUCACUCUUUUACUAUUAUAAAAUGUAAUGUCUACUUGUGCGAGUUUACUAAUAUACUAUGCCAAUGCUCAUAUCGAUUUAUUUUGUUACAAAUUUACAUACAUUCCCAACAAUCUCAUGGGAAGGUAAAAUAAUUUGAUCAUUUAUCUACCGUGUCAUUCUUUUGGGCAUGGAUUGAGCAAGGUUCAAGAAAUAUUCUCUUUCCAUGGUUACCCACAAUCUCUUCAACUCCUUUCAGCUGAUUUAUGUUGCUCAUUCGAGACUCUUGAACCUUCAUGUGUCGAGUGCUGAUACUUUUUACAAAAAGCUAAUCUUUUUCUUCAUUGCUUUUGUAAGCAAGUGCUUCUUUGCAGCACGUCGAUUAGGCAAUGCCUAGAUCUUUCUGAAGCUGGUGACAAAUAGUUCUUGUGGAAAUGUCGUUAUUUCUCAUAAUAUUCGAGGCGUUCUCAAUGGGAUUAAGGUCGGGCGAGUUACCCGACCAUUCCAUUACGUUGAUAUUAUGAUUCUGACAAGAACUUUGUCACUGUCUUGGCCUUGUGAGCACGGGUGCCGUCGUGCAUAAUGAAGUCACAUUCGUGCAUUUCCCAAAAGUUCAAAUAAGGGUAAGAACAGAACAAGUGGGUGGCGGUGGAGGUGGAGGUGUAGGUCGCGGUCGAUGUCGAUAUCCAUGUAAAACAAACACAUUGUAGUGAAUGGAAGAGAACAGAGCAGGUAAGUCGCGGUGGAGGUUUAGCGCGAUGCCAUCCAGGAGGUUUACAUCGAUGCUUUUGAAAAUAAAAUGAGUUUUUACAUUGAUGUCCACCGAGCGGCCCACAAGGAUGCUUUUUUAUAUCAUUCUUUUUUUGUAUUCAGUUUAUUUUUAAAUUUCUAAAGUAAUUAAAUUUAGUAAAUUUUUGUAAUAUGAAGGAGGAUCUGAUUAUUUACAACUGACAUUUCAUCACUAUCAUCACUUGACUGACACAACAUCCCAAAAGCACAGUCUUUUUGUCAUUCAAAUUUCAUUAAACUACAGUGGAACCUCCGUUAUCCGGGGUAAUGACGGGUUUGGGGUUGCACGGAUAAUCGAAAACACCGGAUAAUGGAAAUACAUUAUUUUAUUGACUUAAUGUGAUAGAUAAGAAGGAUAAUUAAAAAAAUGUAUCCGAAAAAUCACUUUUAUUAAAAAACAAACGUUUUUUUACAUAUGUAUGUACUUCAUGUGUAUAUUAAAUUAUGGUAUGUAUGUAUAUUGUAUAAAACACUUAAAAAAAUAAAUACAUAAAUAAAAAAUAACAAAAAAUUUGCUUUUUGUCACCCCGGUUAAUUGGAACCCCGGUUAAUAGAGCCCGGAUAAUGGGGGUCCUACUGUACUUCAAUUGAUAGUGGUUCUAGUUUGACUGACAGCUCAAUUGACCUUGCUAUGUGCUGUCGACAUCGACUUAACAAGUAGCAUCCACCGCGACCUACACAUCCACCUCCACCCACUUGCUCUGUUCUUACCCUAAAUGUUGUUGUAGAACAGCCAAAUAGUUGCUUACCCUCAUUGUAACAUUAUUAGGCAAGAAGUACAAUUUUGACCGUGUCUUUCCACUGUUCAGGUAUCCAGUGCUGACACUUUUUACAUAAAGACAAUCUUUUUUUCUUCAUUGCUUUUGCAAGCAAGUGCUGCUUUGCAGCACGUCGAAUUGACACUGGUAGAUCUUUCUGAAUCUGAUGACGAAUCUUUCUUGUUAAAACUUUCUGAAGGAGGUCAGUAUAUUCAUUGUUGAGUUCCGUGCUAAUUAUGGAAGAGUUCAACAUUACUGCAUGCUUGAUGAUGGUGUCAGUCCUAGAUGAUGUUGUUUUAGCAGCUCCAGAACCAAGUUUUCUUUCCGGAACAGGCUCUGAAGGCAACCACGUUUUGUUUUACCUUGUGAGUUUUGAGUUUCUUUCGUAUUAGGUCUGUUGAGACUAGAAGGGUUGUACAAUUCCAUGACAAUCUAAGCGCUUCCACAGAUUUCUAUAAAUGGGUAAUAAGAUCGUAUGUCUAGCCACCCCGUUUUAUAAAUACCACCUAAAUAAGUAUAUUGUCUUCUAUGACCAAACAUUUCCCAUUCUAUUGUAAUGUCAGUAUAGCAUUAAGAAUAUUAAGCGUCUCUUAUAUGAAUUAAUAAAUGUGCGAUAUGAUGUAAACUAUCUUUAAAAUUUUAAAUAUAAUUGUUGCACUUUAUGAAUAUUCCUAUAUUUAUCUUUUAGCAGUAUUUAUUUUAAUAAAUAGUAAAAGAAUC